AUGGCUGUGCCCCCUUCGGCUCCUCUGCCGUGCUCGCCCUUUUACCUGCGGAGGCAGGCGCCUUGCCCGCAGUGCUCAUGGGGCAUGGAGGAGAAGGCAGCGGCCAGCGCGGGUUGCCGGGAGCCGCCGGGCCCCCCGAGGGCCGCCGCUGUCCCGUGCUUCAGCGUCUGGGUGGACCAGGACGACAUCCUCCCGGGCGCCCUGCGCCUCAUCCAGGAGCUGCGGCCGCAUUGGAAGCCGGAGCAAGUUCAGACCAAGCGCUUCACUGAUGGCAUCACCAACAAGCUGGUGGCCUGCUACGUGGAGGAGGACAUGCAGGACUGCGUGCUGGUCCGGGUGUACGGGGAGCGCACAGAGCUGCUGGUAGACCGGGAGAAUGAGGUCAGGAACUUCCAGCUGCUGCGAGCACAUGGCUGUGCUCCCAAACUCUACUGUACCUUUCAGAAYGGGCUGUGCUACGAGUACAUGCAGGGCGUGGCCCUGGGGCCUGAGCACAUCCAAGAUCCCCGGCUCUUCAGGUUAAUUGCCUUAGAAAUGGCAAAGAUUCACGCCAUCCACGCCAAUGGCAGCCUGCCCAAGCCGACCCUGUGGCACAAGAUGCACAAUUAUUUCACGCUGGUGAAGAAUGAGAUCCACCCCAGCCUCUCUGCAGAUGUCCCUAAGUUGGAGGUGUUGGAAUGGGAGCUGUCCUGGCUGAAGGAGCACUUGUCCCAGCUGGAUUCCCCGGUGGUGUUCUGUCACAAUGACCUGCUCUGCAAGAACAUCAUCUAUGAUAGUGCCAAAGGUCACGUGCGGUUCAUCGACUACGAGUACACGGGCUACAACUACCAGGCCUUUGACAUUGGCAACCACUUCAACGAGUUUGCAGGUGUGAAUGAGGUCGACUACAGCAGGUACCCGUCGAGGGAGACCCAGCUGCAGUGGCUGCUCUACUACCUGCAGGCACAGAAGGGGACAGCUGUGACCCCCAGGGAGGUGGAGCGGCUCUAUGUGCAAGUCAACAAAUUUGCCCUGGCAUCUCACUUCUUGUGGGCUCUCUGGGCCCUCAUCCAGAACCAGUACUCCACCAUCAACUUUGAUUUCCUCAGGUACGCAGUGAUCCGAUUCAACCAGUACUUCAAGGUGAAGCCUCAAGUCUCAGCCUUGGAGAUGCCAAAGUGACAGUCUCCCUCUUCCUCCCCUGCCCAUCCGCCUGGCCAGACCUGUUCUCCAGGGCUUGGUUCUGCUCUGGGGUCUGCACCCUUGGACAAGGUGGGAGAGGGGCCAGGUGGGUGUCCAGGGAGAAGGCCACCAGUGGAUGCCACUGAAGACCCCAUUCUCCUGUUUGGAGGGGCUGAUAGGACCCAACUGUGGGGGUCCCCUUCACCUCGCCAGGCUGGGGAGGAAGUGCCUGCACACAGCCAGGGCCUGGACCGGAACCACCCCUGGGAAGCACACCGUUCCCAGCCCUAGGCCUGCUGGUAUUGGGGCUGCCUUAGAUGUUCUUUGACCCUUCCUGGCGGGGGAAAGGGAGGGCUCCUUUCUACCUCCAGCGCCCUGGCCGGUCCCCCUGCAUGCCCCACAUGGGAGGUGCUGAGCCCCAAACCAGCGCAUGCCAAUCUGGCAGAAGGAUGUACCUGUCUUGAGGAUGGAGGGGUGGUCCGCCAGCAGCUGCCUCCAGAACCCCCUCCCUUUCUCCACACUGAUUCCCUCCGAUCACCCUCCUGAGCCUCAGCUGUCUGUCCCUCUGCAGCCUGCUGGGAGAGGAAAGGGAGCUGUCUGUCCCUCUGCAGCCUGC